AUGAUGGUCUUGCCCCAAGAAAAUCAAGGCAAUGGUGCUUCUCUUAAUAUGCAAGGAGGCAAUUCAGAGCCGCUUUCCCCCUCUGCCGAUACACAUGUCGCAAAAGACCCCCGGCUAAGAGUCAAGACUUCAUCGCUCAACAUCGCGGAUACGACCGCUUCGCGCGGGCACAGUCACGCUCAUGGAGGAGGCGACUAUCUCGGAACUGAAGGAACAUCAGCAUCCGGGAUGCAUACGCCCCAGGGCAGCCUUACUAAGCCGCAGGUAGCCCAGCUCACACUAUCCGAUGCGACUGCCCUUGAGAAGGCACUUGGUACCUUCGUUUCCACUGCUGUUGACAGCAGCCUCUCAAAACGGAGGCGGGAUCGUAUGCAAGCAGAAUCCCGAAGAGCCCAAGUCGAGUACGAGCGCGCGCAACGAUCCUACUCUCAAUUUCCCGUGUUCGUCGAACACGCUUUGGAAAAGCAGAAAAAGGUGGAUGUGGACUACGAGCAUUCCCAGCAGGAGGCGCGCAGAAAUAUCGAAGCCGAAAUUACCACAACAUCCGAACUUGUGGCACUGUUGUUGCAGACUUUGAGUAAAUGCACCACCGGGGCAGGGGCUGACACUGCUCAGGUACGCAAGCUACGCCAGGAAUUUGAAUCCUUUCGCUCUCUGCAGGCUACCAGGAAUGCAGAGUUCCGCCGACAUUCUGCUCAAUUCGCUGAUCUGACCAACAAGCAUGAUACACUACGGAAGCAUGUUGGCACCCUACAAGACAAUGUACCGGGAUUAAAGCAGGAGAACGAGGCUCUUCGAAGAAGUGUAGACGCCUUAGAAGAGAGGAUCAAAGCCAUGGAACAGGAACUCCGCACGGUACAUCAAGAAGCGAAAACUUCAUCGACGAACGGGGGUAAACUCGACCGAGACAUUCAGGAGUCCAAAGAGCGGAUUCAACAGUUGACAGCCCGUCUAGAAGAGCUCGAACACAACUCACAUGGUGUGGAAGCCCUACGAAAGAGCAACAAUUUGAGAUUCAGUAACCUGCAGACACAAUUGGAGCAUGCUGAAGGUCAAUUGGGGUCCUUACAAAAAGAUAUGAAAACACAUGAGAACCCUGCUAAGGUUGAAUUGCCUGUUCCUCAGCUUACAGAUUGGCGAGAUCGGUUUACGACCAUUGAGGAGGCCCUUGAGAGUACCGUGGACGAGACAAGCACUCUCAAGAGAAAGAUGUCUAGUCUGGAACAGAUAUUAGCGGGGUCGUCGGAUCGCGUUCAACACUUAGAGGAUUCACUAGAAAGCCACAUAUGUGACUGGAAGUCGUUGAAGAAUAAAGUCUCUGGACUUAAGCUCGAGGUUUCCGUCCUCGCAAAAGGCGCCAAUAGCAACCUUCAGGCCCAGGUGGAGGGACUUGUUGAAAGGGUUGACAAGUUCACAUCCGGUACUGCCCGCGAAAACAAGGCUCGCGAUGAACUCAUUCAAGAGGAGAUUGCGGACAUAAACCAGGACCUGAGCGACAGGAUCGACCAUCUGCAUCAACAAGUCAUGGAGGUGCAGAAAGCCUUGGAAGACCGGCCAUCCACCCCUUCUUUAUCGCGCGAGCAUCUUCAGACCCUCAACGGUGUAGCUGGUCUGAUUCCCAAGCUCAGCGCCUUCGAGGCUGAUCUUCGCAAACUCCAGAGUGGUUUGGAAAAGCACAGCCAUAUGAUUCAAUGGCAGACUCAUCGCUUCGACAACCUUACCAGUGAGUCUCUUGCACGGCAAAUGAUAGGCCUAGUGAACCCAGUCCUUCCCAAGUUUGAGGCAGGUCUGGUUAAAAUCGACAAAGUCGAAGAAGAGAUGACUCGGUUCUGGAAAAGGCUGGAACAUACCCAGACAAAGGCGGAACGUCCUACCGAAAAGGAACACCAGCCUUUGGAGGACGUUCGAGAAGAGCUCAAGCGUGUGAAAAUUGAGCUCGGAACCGAGUACGAAUCCCUCGCGAGCGAAUUCUGCAACACGCGGGACAACGUUGUCGCAGACGUGAGAAGGCUUCAAGACUCACAUGAGCGGGCCGCGCAACAGGUUGCAACCCUGAGCGCCUCAACAGAGAAAAGAUUAGGCGAGAUCGAGCACCAGAUCGAGACCCUACUCACUGAGCUCUCUAAGGAGGACGGUUCACAUGCACCGUCGCCAGGGUCAAGGGCCCGAUCGGCAUCCGUCCUUUUCACUAGGACUCCGUCAGCAGCACAACGGCCGCCAUACUCAACAGUUGAACGAUCGAAUCGAGAUAGAUCUAGACGCCUGCAAGAAUGGAACGGCAGUGGAAAGGCCGACGAAGAACCAGAGGAGUUUGACGUCGAAGAAAUUGGAAAGGAGGCUACUAUUCUCCUCGAGAGUUUCCAGAAGCGCCCCACACCUCCCGGCACUCGGCCAACAGCUACAGCCGACCACACGGUCAGUGAAGACGCGGGGACCAUAACACAGCAGCCCAAGAAGCGGAAGCGUGGUGAUGAUGCAGGGUUGGACGGACACGUCAUGGCACCACCGAUCUCAGAUGAGACUGUGCUGGUGAAAUCGCAGGUCGUGCCCCCAACAGCGAAACGAAAGACCAAAACGAACGAUAGAUGA